CGUCAGUAACGAGCGGUUGGCCGACGCAUUGGGUGCAUUGUGGAGCGAACAUCAACGUCAUGGAGCAGCAGCGCAAUUCACCCCUGUAUUCGAAUUACGAGGAUUUGCGUGCUUCGGAGCUACCCACUGGCUCCAACGCCCAUAUGGUUAACAUAAUGCCAGGUCAACAGCCACCGGAGCCGGAAGCCCCUCACACAAAUCUCAAACGUAAUCCCGUACCGGAGUAUCGCGGAUUCAAGACAUCGGAAAACGAGCCGCUUGGCUGCAUGGAAUGGAUUGUCACUCUGCUCUCAUUGCUGGUCUUUAUUAUCACGUGCCCCAUUUCCGUAUUCAUAUGCAUUAAGGUCGUGGCCGAGUACGAGCGUGCCAUUAUCUUUCGGUUGGGCCGCCUGAGUGGCGGUCCUCGUGGUCCGGGCAUGUUCUUCAUAUUGCCGUGCAUCGAUCAGUAUCAGAAGGUGGAUCUGCGCACGGUGACAUUCAAUGUGCCGCAGCAGGAGAUGCUAACGAAGGACUCGGUGACGGUGACUGUCGACGCGGUUGUCUACUAUCGCAUUUGUGAUCCAUUGUAUGCGAUCGUGCGCGUCGAGGACUACAGCACAUCGACGCGCCUCCUGGCUGCCACCACGCUGCGCAAUAUUGUGGGCACCCGUAAUCUCACCGAGCUGCUGACCGAGCGCGAGACUCUGGCACACAAUAUGCAGUUGACCCUGGACGAUGCCACCGAACCCUGGGGCGUAAUGGUUGAGCGGGUCGAAAUCAAGGAUGUGUCGCUGCCCACGUCCAUGCAGCGUGCAAUGGCCGCCGAAGCGGAAGCCUCACGCGAUGCCCGCGCCAAGGUGAUUGCAGCCGAAGGCGAAAAGAAGUCAGCAACUGCCCUCAAGGAAGCCUCCGAUAUCAUAUCCUCCAGUCCAUCUGCCUUACAGCUUCGGUAUCUGCAAACGCUGAGCAGCAUUUCGGCGGAGAAGAACUCGACGAUUGUAUUCCCCUUGCCCAUGGAGCUCCUGACUCCGUAUCUGGCCAAGUAUAUGCCAACGAUGCAACUGCCACCAAAGCCGCAGCUGCCGUCAGAUCUGCUGAAGGAACAACAAGCCUCGUAUCCUCAGACAAUCCUCUAAGCUACACAAUCUACGCAAUUGUAUAUAGCUAUAUUAU